AACAAACUAGAUUGUGCAACAGAUUUGUGGCGUCAAGGUUGUCCAUGGAUUCCUUCUUGUAACUAGAAUUAUAGUAUACAGAAAUGUAUAUGCGUUAUAUUCCAUGGUUAGUGGGCUUUUUGUCCACUUGUUUCACUGCUAAGUUUGAGGGUUGUGACGUUGUUGUGGAUUCGUCUAUAUGUAUCACAAACGGUAAUACGAUAGUCCUACCGAAGUCACAUAGAAACGGUCGUUUACUUCACUACACAUUUGAUGAAGACAUAGCAGUUGACUCUAGUGGGAAUGGAAAUCAUGCCAUUGGAGCAUUGAUAGGCCGUUCUGGCUUUGGAGGUGUUGGAAAUGCAGCUUACUUCAGAAAGAAUUUUAUUUACCUGAAUGACUCACAACUGUUACACGUACGGGAAUUCACAGUCGCAUUCUUCAUAUUCUUACUAAUGGAUGAAGUGUCCAUAACAAAUGCCCAAAAAGUAAAUUCUUACUGCCCUAUUGUGCAUAAGGGUAUUCGUAACUCUUCUAUCAGUGAAUGUUCACCUGAAGUAGCUAUAAAUCCAAAAGAUGGGCGCUUGAGGAUACUCCUAUCGGUUGAAUCGAACCACACAAUGGAGAUUGACUCUAACUAUAGAUUGCAACCACAUCAGUGGUAUCAUAUAACCGUGGUCAAAGAUAACGCUACCGUAACCCUCUACAUAAACGGAAUAGUGGACUUUGUCUACAGUACGAAAGGAUAUGUACGUUUUAAUCCACUCCCGCUCUAUAUAGGGGCUUCACCGUACCUUUCUAUGUGUGAUGUGCCAAUGCUUAUAGAUGAAUUCUCUAUCUACUCUAGGGCCCUGGGUCGUGACGAGAUACAAGCAGAAGCCUCUUCCGUUAUGGGCGGUAUCGAACCAUCAUAUAUAACAGUAGGAUGCAGCAACUGUGGAAAACAAGAAGCUAUGGAAUCAUGUCCACACGGUUAUCAUCUAUGUAACAAAUUUGAAUUGUACACAGGAGGUUAUAAAGCUGCGCUUAGGCUAUCGAUUCCUCCAAACACCAUUAUGGCAGCCGCAAGUGCUGAACCUUCCUAUGGUGUUGCACUGUGUUGUGCUAAUCUACAAGACUAAACUUGUUCUUCAGGGCCUUAGUGCGCUGCAUUAUGAAUUAUUGUGUUUCAUGUCGAAAACGCAGGGAUUUGCAAAUACAAGCAUCGUGAAUACGACGAUAUUAGACAUGAAAUGUGCAGAUGGAAUGCUGCAAACUGGCACCAAUAUGCAAUUAAAAAGGCGGUCCAUAGCAACCUAUAUUUUAAAAUACUACGCAGUAAUAUAUUGCCACAUUGAUAUCAGCAAAUGUAACAACAUUCAAUGUACAG